CAUAAUUGCGUCAAACAAUCUCCAAGCUCCAUCACUAUUUAUAUGUCAACUGGGUUCUCUAAAAAACUCCGAUUCCCUUCUCUCUCAUUUCAACCUCCCUCGCCGUUCUCUGGAUCUCAGGGUUUUGCUUGGGUUUUAGAUUUAUACCUACCGUUUUCCAGAAAUCUAACCAUUAAAUCCUUCCCAAGUUCUUGUUUCAUUCAAUCUGGAGUGUAUACGGCAGCCAUUGCAAUUAACGGUAUAUAAGUUGAAGACCCUUUCGAGUUUGUUUGACUUUUUGGUUUUUCUGAACGCGAAUUUUGCUCUUAAUUCGAUAGUCCGACGUAUUAGGGUUUUCUCAGAUGCGAUAAUUUUGAGCUUUGGAUUCUUUUUGUUGGUAGUUGUGUGAUGCUUUGUUCUACUGAAAUUUGUACUCUCUCUCCAUCUGGGCAUAAUCUUCUACUUGUAGACUGUCAUUUAAGUCGGAUUUAUGAGAGCUAGUGAAGUACGUAGGCAAUUUCGUCAUCUUCUUCUUCUUUACAGUUUGAUUUGCUUGAUCUUAUGAGGGAAGUGCAAAGCGGGGUAUUAAUUUAAUGGGUGAAUGACGAGGAGUUUUGGAUACUUGUUCAGAGUGUUGAUUUAGUGAUAUGAAUAUUUGAAUAUGAGCGAUGGAGGUGGGGAGAUUGGAAAAGUGCAUGAACGACCAAAGACGAGAAAGAAUUUGGGCAGUGAAGAUUUCCCGCGGGCGCUUGCCAAGAUUGCUGUAGCUCAAAUAUGUGAGAGUGAAGGGUUUCAAACUUUUCAGCAAUCUGCCCUCGAAGCGCUGGCUGAUGUCGCGGUUCGGUAUGUUCAAAACAUGGGAAGCACUGCAAACUUCUGUGCUAACUUUGCUGGCAGAACAGAAUGUAAUUUAUUUGAUAUAAUUCAAGCACUAGAAGAUUUGGGGUCGGUUCAAGGGUUUGCAGGUGCUUCGGAUGUUGAACAUUGUCUCGCAAGUUCCAGCACAGUUAAAGAGAUUAUUCGUUAUGUAGCACAAGCGGAAGAAAUCCCAUUUGCCUACUCAGUUCCCAAAUUUCCAGUUGUCAAAGAGCGAAAGUUGAGGCCUACUUUUUUGCAAAUUGGGGAAGAACCUCCUGGAGAGCAUAUACCUUCUUGGUUGCCUGCACUACCGGAUCCGGAAAUAUACACUGAGUUCCCCACUGUAAAGGAGGAAGUAGUGGAGCCUCAAACAAUUAAAAAUGAGCCAGAAAAACAAUGUAGAAGUGCAGAGAAAUCCUUCUGGAAUCUGAAGCAGUUGUUGUUUUGCAAUGGAUUGGAAGGAUCCCAAAGAGAAGAUCCUAGAAAUGCAGCUAUGACCAAACAAAUACAAGAAAGUAACCCAUUUCUUGCUCCUGCCCUGCAAUUUGGUGAGAAGGAAAUUUCUCCUAUCGUUCUUCCAGAAAAGGCCUUGAACAAUUCAAGUACAGAAUAUCCUGUCCCUGUCAUGGAGAACUGUCUUGUGGAUACACAUGUCUCAGUGCUGGAGACUUUUGCUCCUGCUAUUGAAUCAAUAAAGAACAAUCUGUACGAUUCUGAGGAAAAGUUCUCUCUGAACAGGAGAUCUACUGUACAGUUUAAGAUUGGGACUGGCAAGAAGCUGGUAGGUAGCACAAUAGAAUCGAGAGCACUAAACAAUGGUGUGAAGAAGUCUUCAUCCUGGUUUGUAGGGGAAGAAGAGAAGGAUGACAAGAAAAGAAAGGCCGAGAAGAUUCUGAAGGACUCGAUGGAGAACUCCAACGAGCUAUCUCAGUUGUAAUUAGGUUGCUUGAUUAAAAUUUGUACACGGAGUUUAGGAGACUGGCUGCAGUUUUUCGUGGUUGUCAAAAAUCACUGACAUUGUAUUGUCUGGAUAUUAGCUUAUAGAAUGAAAGAUUCAAAUUUGUGGAAAGAGAGAUUCCAGUUUAGCGAAUUUUUUGAGGUAUGCACAUGUUUUUAAUGAACUAAUUCAUUUUCUUCCCUAA